CAAAAAAAUCAAAACAACAACUUUUAAAACCGAUUUUUUCUACCAAUGAUCUUAUAAUUUUCAGCGUUUUUGAAAGUAUAUCGAACGGAUUUGGAUUGGAUUCAUCCAAAUAAUCAAUAAGUCUCAAUCACCAUGAGCGACAACGAAGAAACUCACCACCCACAGGAUCCGGAAACUGCCGACAAAAACGAAGAGUCCUUGCUAGCGCGCCACCGGAAAGAGAAGAAAGAACUGCAAGCCAAAAUCCAAUCCCUCAAGAAAGCCAAAGUGGACAAAAAGAAAAAGAAAGAACAGCAGGACGAAAUCGCCCGGCUCGAAGCGGAUCUGGAAAGCCGGCAUGCCGAGGAGCUGAACCGGUUUAAUGCGAUGCGCAUCAGUACCGAUCCACCAGCACCGAUUGUGGAUGUAAACAAUGAAGGUGGCGAUGGUUCCGGAGAUGAUGAAUCCGGGGGCAAAACUGUUAGAAUUUCGAAAGCCCAAAGAAGGAGGGAGAAAAAAUCCCAGGAGGAUAAGGAACGGCAGGCACAAAUCAAGGCCGAGGAAGCGUUGCAAAAAGAUUCGCCCCGGAUUUUGGAGGAUAGAAAAUUCACCGAGCUUCUUUCCAAGCGUGGGUUGGUUAGCUUCCCGGUGCCGGCCGAUGGCGACUGCCUCUAUAACGCCAUUAAACACCAGCUCUCACGAAUAGGAAUUUUCGAACACGACACUGCCGACCUCCGCCAGCUGGCCGCGGACUAUAUCGAGGACAAUAAGGACAGCAUCAUCUUCUACAUGACCAAUCCGGACACUGGCGAUAUUCUGAACGAUGAGGAAUUUCGCAAAUACUGUCAUCAGGUGCGGAACACCAAAACCUGGGGAGGGGAGAUCGAGAUUAAGGCCCUGUCCAGCAGCCUGAAGUGCCCGAUCGAAAUCAUCCAAGCAAGUGGGAGUUCUGUUAUCCACGGAGAGAAUAUGCAACCGAGUAGGAAGUUGAUAUUGACCUAUCAUCGGCACAUGUACCGGCUGGGGGAACAUUACAAUUCAACCAUUGCACCGGUGGCAGCGAAGGAAGACGAGGGCUUGAACGAGGAUGACGGUUGACCGAGGUGAGUUCUCUUAGUGUCUUCCUACAUUCAUGCUAUCGAUUCUGCCCUACCGAAAGUGUUUACUCGAAGUAAAACUAUCUGUUGAAUAAUCCUAAAUAGAAUA